AAAUUGGUGCAAGCGUUUUGCGUGUGCUUUGCUGUUCACGACCCUAGCUAGCUAGUGAAGUUCUUUUUGAGAAUCGAGAGAGUGAAAGAAGAAAAACACAGAGUGAGAAUGGAGGGCAAAGAGGAGGAUGUUAAGCUUGGAGCUAACAAGUUCUCAGAAAGGCAGCCCCUAGGGACUGCAGCGCAGACAGACAAGGACUACAAGGAGCCACCACCAGCUCCUUUGUUUGAGCCCGGGGAGUUGAAAUCAUGGUCGUUCUGGAGAGCUGGGAUUGCAGAGUUCAUGGCCACUUUCCUCUUCUUGUACAUCACCAUUUUAACUGUGAUGGGUGUGGGGAGAUCUGGCAACAAAUGUGCUUCAGUGGGUAUUCAAGGAAUUGCCUGGGCUUUUGGAGGCAUGAUCUUUGCCCUCGUUUACUGCACGGCUGGUAUCUCAGGUGGACACAUCAACCCUGCUGUAACCUUUGGUAUGCUGUUGGCAAGGAAGCUCUCCCUAGUCAGGGCAGUGUUCUACAUAAUAAUGCAGUGCCUUGGUGCGAUCUGUGGCGCCGGUGUUGUCAAGGGCUUCCAGAGGCAUGAGUACGAACGGCUGAACGGCGGAGCCAACUUUGUUCAGCACGGCUACACCAAGGGCGAUGCCCUUGGUGCUGAGAUUGUUGGCACCUUUGUUCUUGUCUACACCGUCUUCUCUGCAACUGACGCCAAGAGGAAUGCCAGGGACUCCCACGUCCCUAUUUUGGCUCCUCUGCCAAUUGGGUUUGCAGUGUUCUUGGUGCACCUGGCAACCAUCCCCAUCACAGGAACCGGCAUCAACCCUGCUAGGAGUCUCGGUGCUGCUCUCGUCUUCGACAGGGACUUUGCCUGGGAUGAUCAUUGGAUCUUUUGGGUGGGACCCUUCAUUGGAGCUGCUCUGGCUGCAGUGUACCACCAGAUCAUCAUCAGAGCCAUUCCAUUCAAGGCCAGAGUGUAAAUCUGUCACGCUACCUGAGGGAUCACCCCAUUCGUUGUUUCUUUAUCUGUUACUUUAUCCUCUUGUUUUAUUUAUAACUUUAUUUAUUUAAAUACUUAUCGUUGUUGUGUCUUUUGUUUUUGGGUUUCCCAUGUUGAUCGAUAGAUGUUUAUUUUUGGGUGUAAAUUAUUAGUCAAGUUGGCUUGUGUGAUGUGGUUUGCUUUUGGAACGAAGAGAUUCUUUUUUUUUUUUGAGUUUCUUUUAUAAUUGUGUUCCCCUACCCUAUCCAACCUGCCCCCUACCCUCUUGUUGGUUAUUGGUGGUGUGGGUAGGGUUAGAAAUUUACCUUUGAAAAAGAAGUGAUCAUGAUA